AGAAACAAAAUAGAGAAAAUCCCUCUGUCCUGCUCAUCAUUUUUCCUAUCCUUUCUCUCAUCGUUCUUCAGAUCUUCUCCUCUCUGUCCCAAAUUUCUAAAUAAAAACCCUAAUUUUUGUUGGAAGGACGAUAAGAAGAAGAUUUGAGAAUGCAGUUUUGUGGAGAUAAACAGACCGCUCCAGUCAUCCUCAUACUCGUUCAUCACUGUGGAUGCUAAUGACAUCGGCGAUGGACGGCGACGUUCAGAUUACCAAUCCGAGCUUCGUUGUGUUUGAGAAUCGAUUGAAGGGUUCUCCGUUGCCAUAAGAUCCAGAUUUUGUAUAUCAUCGGAAAGAGGAUGGGUGCGGCAAGAUCUCAUCGACGAGGAGAUUACUUGGCUGUGCUCUAACGAGCUUCGUCGAGAAUUUCAAUGGAGGUGAACAACUGAUACUGCUAGCUAGUUUCAAUUCAUUCGAUUAAUUUAUUUCCUUGGGCAAUAUAUGGGCAUAUUCCUAUACAUUAGGAUUGAGGCCUGAUUCUUUACUAGAUUUUACUUGACUUAACCGUGGAAUUGUUGCAAUCUUAGGGUUCUAGAGUCAUUGGGGCUUGACUGUAUUACUGCAGGUGUUUUCCCCGAGCGUGGGCAAUGGAGGCAGAUACAGCUUAACAAUAUCGUAAAAAAAUUGAAGAGUCAAUGUUGUUUUGGAUGCAUGUUUCUGUCAUCCCCUGUUCGCUACCGUUUGUUGUUGAAGCUAGCCAGCUACCUUAGUGAUCUUAAUUUUCUUAUGGUAACUGAUUUAUUUUGUAUGUUUCCUUUAGCAUGGAGGCCUUUGUAUCGAGAUGCUUUUGGGGUUCAUCAAGAAGAACAACCAAGUUUUGAUGUAACUUUCUUAUGCUGGUUAUGCUCUUCUCACUGACAGGCUGAGUAAUCGAUGUUAUGGUAUUUACCUUGAAAUCAUAUAGAGGAGGAGCCAGUUGAUAAGAGUAAGCAUUGGGGUAAUUUGGUAACGAGGAAGAGAUGGAAGAAGAGGAACUUGAGGGUGGCAUAUAUGUUCACAGUAUUUCAAGGUAUCAAGUUACUAAUAUUUUUGCACUUUGAUUUCAGUGAGGCUUUCGUUCUAGUAUUAUCAAGAGUUCGAUUGUUUGGGUUUCUAUAUCAAUCCUUUAUUUUCUUUCAUACAGUACACCAACUGGUGUUGAGACACCUCUUUUCUAGAAUUAUCUUUCCCACCUUGUGUAAGAAUAUUUGUUCUCUUAUGUAUUCAGCACUUUCAAAAUAUUUUGAUGUCAACUAAGCUUCAGUUUCCACAUGGCGCUUUGGAGAAGCUGCAUCCAAACUGUGUAGACCUGUGCAGAAGCCUUUGAUGCCAUAAGCCAGGUACCUAUAUCCAUGUAUGUUAACGUACCUACUUGUAGCCUUAAAAUGGUAUUGUUUGAUUGGUAAGUGAAAUUGUAUCCUACUUGGUUGCUGCUUUUUCCCCUAUCAGUGUAUGUUGUUGUGUAUAACUUUAUAUCUAAAUGAGUGUAUGUUGUUGUUCCCAUCAAAUUGAGGGAAACUAGUAUAGUAGAUAGCUUAUUUACUCUGUUUCCUUGCUUUUACUGUGAGAAAUUGUGGUAGCUAGAUGCAUUCGAAGUGAAACUCUAGGGAUUCUUCUAUGCUUAUAAUUAGAAUCUGGGUUGUUGAUCAUGUCCUCUCAGUUGACCUAAAAUGGUGGAUGUUCUGUAUUUUACCCUCCUUGCGUUUAUUGCAGAAGAACUCUUGAGGUAGCUAGAUGUAUUAGGCUAACUCCCUGUCAGGUGAACUCCUAUGUGUUCAUUAUUUCCUUAAGAGCAGAUCUUGUAUUACUAAUACCAAUUUUGCAGGCAAGACUCAAAGUAAUGGUAAAGAAGGCAAAAAAUGGGUUAUCCAGAUUCUGGAAGAGUUUCAGAAGGUGGAGAAAAAAAGGGUUCUUAAGAGCACUCUCUGUAAUGAUAGAAUUCCAGAAGUCACUAUAUGGCGUGUAUGUUUCUUUCCGAGAGUUCAUGAAAUUGACUGUAAUGCCUAGUUCCUUUCUCACUUGGAAAAAUGACUUGUUUCUCUUCAUCUUUCUUGUCAUGUGGAUUUUAACUUGUCAUUUUCAUUGUUAAUUUCAGUUGGUAUUAACUGUUCUGGCGAUGGACAUAUUCUUGUAUGGAAUGGCUUAUCAGGAGUUGACAGUGCAGUUGCAACUUGCAAGGGAGAAUUGCGUAAGUGUUCUGCUACUCAUCAAAGAGACGUUCUUCAAACAUGGUGAGAAGGAGACCUUGAGGUCUUGCGUGAAAGCGCUUAAUUUCUCCUCCGUAGAGAGCAAGUGGGAGCUUAAAGAUUAUGCUUGCCGGAUGAGCUUAUUGCUAAGCUUAGAUCUACUUUCAAAGAAGCUACGGUAAAGGGCUACGGUAAAGAAGCUAUGGGAAGAUCUUGCUACAGAAUUCAAGAUGCGAACUUAGGUAUGUUCCUUCCUUCCCUUGCACUCAACCCAGAUGAAGGAUGGGAGAAGAUAAUAACUACUAUAUUUCUUUUUUCUCAACUUUAUAGCAUGGCAUUUAGUUUUAUUCGGUGACAACAUGUGCCGCCCUUAGCUAGAGUUCCUUACCUGAAUGAGCAGAUUCGAAAGAGUUGGCUAUUCUUUAAGUUCAUUUCUAUGGUGCUCGGUUUACAUUUAUAAUGCUUGUGAAAAUUUUGUUGCAUUAUGAUAAAGUAAGAGCGACAUUAUUGUUCAUAGUUUCUAUUUUAACCUUGAAUGGCAGUUAGUGUCCUGAGUAUGGUUCUUCUGCACAUAAAUUCAAUGGAAGGGAAUGUUGCGUUGUAAUAAACGUUCUUGUAUAUUUUAUUUUUGUUAACUUUAGGUAAUGUGAGUGGAGGAAAUUGCAAAGAGUUGGCGGGGCAAGAAGAUGUUGAUGGAUAUUUGGUUGGUGGAGCUUCUCUCUAGGUGAUUGCGACUGAGUAAAAUUGUCAUCAAUUUAUUGAGGGUCUUCUCUUCAAUAUUUAUUCGCUGGCUUUUAUACCUGACUCUCUCAUUUUACCUCUUUGUCAGCCUGAGUUCUUCAAAAUCAUGAAGUCUGCCACUGUUAAGAAGAGCACUUGAGAUUUGGAUUGAUGUAAGAGUGCCCCGAGCUCAUCGAAUUCAUUUACGACAUCAUGAAAUUAGCCAAGAAACAUAGUGACGCUGGGGAGGCAGAGAUUUUCAGACACGGAGGUUAGUUUCUAUCUUGUUACAUUAAAUGUCAAACUAUCAAGAAUUAUCAAAAGGGGUAACUGCUGUCAUUCGUAGAAAUUUAAUAUAUGAACUGAGAAUUUCUCUUGUAACGUUAGGAAGUUGGUUUGUUAAGGACGAAGGAGAGGCAUUCUUCUUCAAAUUUUGGCAUUCCACGUACCCUUUGUGUUAGUCGUCAAGCUUGCUUAUUUUGGGAAUGCUAGUCUUGGUUGUGGGUCAAAAUGCAAGUUGCUCGGUCGCAUUGUAGUGUAAUCUGGACAGACCUAUCAUUGAUUGAAGCCUGUGCCAAAGUUGAAGUUAUAGUUCCUAAAUGUUGUGUUUUCCCGGUAGCCUGCAUAGCGUCACUAUGGUUCCUUCUGGGGACUAUCUUGUACUACUUUCAAUAUUGUUUCUCUGCCCCUUAAGAAAAGUUUUGUUUACCU